GGCAUUUGGGCUCAGGGUGGCCGCAUCGGUUGCCCAAGCCACCGGCCGGCGAUGGCCCAGAGCCUCAAACUGGCACUGGCCGCGCCGCUGCUGGUGACGCCGGCUCCCGUGCUCGGGAAGCAGCCCGAGCUGCCGCCGAACCACCUGUGCUGCGCAGCGAGGGGGCCACGGUGGCAGGACGUGUACGCGACGCUGCCGACCUGGUGGAACCACUCGAAGCUGGAGGAGGUGCCGUGCGGCGCGCCGGACUUCGACGACCGGCUGCUGGUGUUCAAGGAGGGCGCCUCGUGCAGCUACUGCAGGUGCAUGUACGAUUACGGUGAGAAGCUUCACCUGAAUCCCCUCUGCUGCUCCGUGGACAAGUUCGGGACUCCCCACGUCGACGCGACCACAGGACUCCAGAGCUGUCAGCCGUACCGCUCGGCGUACGACCUGACCUCGGGCAUGGUCACCACCUGCGAGCUGCGCUACGACCUCUAUCCCUGGAGCGGCGCCAGGGCGUCCAGCGCGGCCGCGCCCGCCGGGGCGGAGGUGCU